AUGUCGGACUCGAACACCAGCAGCGUUUCACGCCCAACGUCGCCAGUACCCGCCCUUCCAGAUACCGUACGACCGUAUAGAUUCAACUGGGAUCCUGCAUCGCGACAACCUGGCCCAGAAAGUGUUUCGGGGACGACGACGGACGGCAGAGGCCCAGAUUACUUCAAUACCAUCCCACGACUUGGCCAUCUCAAUCUUAACUCUUCAACAGCGACCCUGUCGCUUGGAGCAUUACCCGCUGAGUGGAGUAGUUCGAAACAUGGGUUUCAUGCCAUCUCUACCGUUCUCAAUAAUCCUCACAAGCGACAAGCCCCGCCUAAGGCGCAUUCAGCGUUGCCUACAAUACCACCAGCAGAGCUACCUCGAGUUCGCAGGAAGGAUUUCGACCCCUACCUUCGUGCCAUAACCUCAGAAUGGGAGCGUUUCGAGAAUGCUCACCAGCCAGAAGCCGGUCCUUCGACGCCUCGCCCUUCAUUUUCCCAUGCAUCAUCAUCAUACCCCACAAACGCCAAGUCAUUUCCUUCAUUAGAUUCUGUCCCUUCGGUUUUCUUCGAAUCUAAUUUUAACUUGGCAGACCCAGGGACCUUUGCUAAUGUCACAGAACAGAAUGGUCAAGACCCGGAUGUGGAUCCAACGGCACUUGCACAUUCUCUUCCGCUUCUUGAGAAAUUCUCUCACUACGCGGAUACCAUCGAGCUUCAUCUCACCCACGAAAUAUCUCUUCGUUCAUCAUCGUUCUUUGCUGCGUUGUCCAACCUUCAUCAUCUCCAGUCUGAGUCUGCUUCCUGUUUAUCUCAAAUUUCCCGACUGCGAGAACUUCUGCAGGACGUUGACAAUGACGUGGCAAAGAAGGGUCUGGAAGUAGUAGAGAUGGAGAAGAAGAAGAGUAACCUAAAGAAGAUCGAUGAAGGGAUAGAAGGUAUCAAGGGCAUUGUUGAGGUCUCUGCGACGGCCCGCCAGCUAAUUAGUCAAGGCCAAUGGGGUGACGCCUUGAACAUUGUGGAUGAUUUGGAGCGCACAUGGGCUGCAGAGGACACCUCUCAGACGCAGAAUGGCGUCUCGAAACCUAUACCAUCAACGCCAGGACACGGGCGAUUACCCCCCUUACCUGCAACGCCUGAAGAGACGUCAGAACCACCAGAAAUGCUUCCUGGGAAACCACUGUCAAACCGGCCAUCGCUCGCCGUCCCUCUCGGCUCCUUGCAAGCCUUCUCAGCACUCCCUGGCCAUCUUCGGAGCCUCACCAUGGAAAUAGUGACAUCCCUUUCCACCAAUCUUUGCUCAGCUCUUCGCGAAGAUUUACUCAGUAAAAUCGACAUGGGGGAGGGUGGUUCGCCUCGUCAAAUGAAUGAAGGACUCAAAGACAGCUUGAAUCCACUGUUGGAGGGUCUCGUUAGAACCAAAGGUCUUCGGCAAGCAACGUCAUCCUGGAGGAACGUCGCAUUGAGCCAGGUGGGGGGAAUCGUACAAAAAAAAUUUCCCGCUAUUGAUGAGCAAAGUGACACUGCUCGUACGUCAGACAAAGACCUUCAACACGGAUCUGAAUCCCGUGCUGGUCUGGGCAACCAUCUUCGAGAAAUGACACAUAUAGAAUUCAUGAAAAUUCUACGUGCGACUUACAAGAGCCUCCUGAGAGCUAUCGAAGGUCUCCAGAUCCAAGGAAUGGUAAUAGGCGAGGUCCUCGAGGCCAUUUAUAAGUUGAAGUGCGUAUAUCCUCGAUAUCAGUCUAGUCCGGAUUCCAGCAUCCAGAGUGAUUUGACAGACAUUCUUGGCUCGGUAACGGAGCUCGCUCACGUCAUGGUAGCCAAAGUCAUUUCUGUUCGAUCAGAGCCACAUACUUCGUUGCCGCUCCACGAGUUCUGGGAGUUUUUCAACGAGACAUGGUCUUUCGUAAUCGGUUGUGAGGUAAUUUGCCGCCGAAUGGUGGUUGGGCUAAGAGGCGCCGUUGUUGGACAAGGAAAGACAUUCCUUCAAGCGUUUCAUCAGACCCGGCUGACACAAUCCGCAAAACUCGUGGAAGACGAACAAUGGAAUCCUUGCGAUGUCCCUCAGCCUUUGCAGCAUCUUGCCGAUCUUUUAGUAGACUCCGCAGUGAAAGAUUCGCCUGAAUUGGUUAUACAACCUCCGCAACCCGAAAGUACCCCCGCUUCCCCGCCUAAAUCACCUGCCAAUGGUAUCAAAUCGUUCUUUUCUUCCUCCCCGAUGAAAAGUCUAGUCCUGUCGUCGUCAAGUUCCUCAUCUUUGGCUGGUGGAUCCCAUAAACAUCUCCAUAUUGAGGAUCGAGCCUACUUUACGGUACAUGCUACCUCCGAGGUGUUAUAUCUACUAUUGGACUACGUCAAGGUGAUAGUGAACUUUGGCAUGCUUGUGACGGACACUAUGAGCCGAGUGAUCGAAUUCCUCAAGGCGUUCAAUUCGCGAACAUGCCAGGUUGUACUAGGGGCCGGUGCAAUGAGAUCGGCUGGACUGAAGAACAUCACGGCGAAGCACUUGGCCUUGGCCUCACAGUCACUGUCGAUCAUGAUAGCGCUCAUUCCCUACGUGCGUGAAACAUUCAGGCGCCAUUUGAGCUCUAAGCAGGCUGUUAUGUUGGUUGAGUUUGACAAGUUAAAGAGAGAUUAUCAGGAGCAUCAGAAUGAAAUUCAUGCCAAGCUCAUCGCGAUUAUGGGUGAACGACUAUCUGCUCAUAUCAAGUCUCUUCAGGCUCUGGAUUGGAGCGUUCUAAAAGAGGGAGAGGGGCCCAAUGAAUACAUAGUAGUCUUGACUAAAGAGACGGUCACAUUGCAUAAAGUGCUGUCUCGCUAUCUGUCGACGGGCAUCGUUCAAGACGUCAUGACGCAAGUCUUCGCAGCGAUCAAUCAUCGAUUGUCGGAAGAGUACACUAAACUCGAGUUGCCACAUGCCACAGCCAAAACGAGGCUCCUCGCAGACGCCAGACAUUUUUACCAGAAGAUUUCUGAGCUCAAGAACGUCGGAGUACCGAGCAAUAUGCUGGAGGUGGUCAUUUCAGAAAAGAGCAUUCCUCGACCGAAUAUUCCUCCAACGCCUACAAGAAGUGAUUCUUUGGCAGUACAUUCUGCGGCAUGGGGGUCAAACACCAAUCUUCGGUUGAAGGGUCUGCUUUCUGGGAGAAGAACUUCGUUCGAUAAAGUAUUGCCUACACCGACAUCAGCGUCCUCACCUCUACCUCCGCCAUCGAACGGAAUCAACGGUGCCAGUAAAUCAGGCAUAAAUGGUCGAGAAUCGCCCUUACCUCCGCCUCCAAUUCAAGAAGAAGGGGCAGGUGGUGAUCCCCCUUCUUCUGGCUUCAAACAGAUAGAAGUAACUGAACCUGAACCUUCAGAGUCCGCCGAACCACAGUCCUGGACCGCAACAGGAUGA